AUGACUACCGUCAACACCGCCGCUCGUUCUCUUGUCUCCGUUGCCACCACCGCCUCCACACCAGAGUUGUCUUCUAGGCGGUGGUCGGCUUCGGACCACAUCAGUUUCGCUUCGGGUCUUCUUACCACGGCGGUGGAGAACGCGUUGGUGCCUGCUUCCGGUCCCUCCCCGUCGUCAUCAACGGCGUUGGUGAGGUAUUCAGGUUCGGUGGAUUCGCGUUUGAUGAAUUAUGAUGGUGUUGAUGUCCCUUCCGUUAACUCUCUCGGUAGAGCACUUUGUCAUGCACUGGCGCUAAUGAACGAGAUUCCAGUUACGUCAAGAAAAUACCAAUAUGCCAUGGGAAUGGCUGAGAAGAUCAUGGAAGACAACGCCCAGAGCUGCAACGUGGAACUACUCGACGUCAAUAGAUUAGCCCUGGCGUCUUCUUUUGCACGCACCACCGCGCGUUUGCAGGACUCUUUGAAACGCUCCAAAACCGCAGACGAACCCGUCGGUGGUCUACCCCUGCGUCUGGUCAGCGCCCUCCCUCUAGGAGGCUAUGUUGCCACUUACGUGAGAGGGGUGAGCACGUGCAUCAGCACGGUCAGGUCCUUGGCGGAUAUGACCGGUAACUUGUUAUCGGGGAGUAGUAGGAGGGAGUCUGCGUUGGUGAGAGCCGGUGGUUUUCAGGAGAAUGAGGUUGAACUGGCGGUGGAGAAGCUGGCGGAGGAGCUGUUGUGGUUGACGGAGAAACUUAGGCGUUAUGGUGCGGUGGAUGAAGGUAUUAAACGGUGGAGCUACGCUUCUGGUUUGGCUUCCUUGUCUCUUACGGCUGCUCCUAGGGUUCAAGGCCUCUUGGUUAAGAUUUCAGCGCUCUUAAUUGGAGAGAUGGCACGAGACAACACGCAAGUUCCGGGACAAGUGAAGUUCAGGCUCCUUGCAAACUGGUUACCGUUGUUCAGUCACGCAAGGCUUGGGCUAGCGUUUCCAGUUCUGACUGGUUAUGAGAGAGUCGAGGUGGAACGAGCUAUCGACAAAGCUAUCUCGACAUUGCCUGCGUUAGACCAAGAGAUCUUACUCACAAACUGGCUCCAAGAUUUCUCAGUCUCCGCCACUGAGUGGCCUGAUCUCACCCCAGCAUACGACCGUUGGUGCAACUCAACUCGCCAGUUUGUCAUGUAG